AAUGUUAUGUCUUUUGUAGCAUGAAAUCCGUUUGAGUCCGAGUGGAAUAACAAGCUAUAAAAGCAAAUCCUUGCUGAUUUGGCAAUCAUACCACAUCAGUUCUUACGGCUGUCACCAUCUACCUUUAAGGAACAAAACCAACAAUCAUGAAGUGCAUCGCAGCUGUAGUCAUGAUGGCCCUGGCCUUCGCCGCCGCCGAAGCAUCCUGGAGCCCGUUGGCAUAUUCUGCAUACUCCGCAUCCCCACUGGCGUACACCGUUCCCCAAGCCACCAUCGUCCAGCAGAAUGUGGGACUUCCUCUGGCGUACUCUGCCUACGGUCCAGCCAUCAGCUAUGCCGCUCAAGCUUCCGUUGUUCCAGCUGCUUACGCCUACCAACCGGCAGUUGCUGUCGUCGCUCAACAAGAAGCUCGCUAUCUGGCUGCCAACCGAGGAGCCGUUCACGAUGCCCCACUGCCAGGACAUGCCGUUUCCCAGAAAUCGCUGAACCUGGAACCGGCUCCGGGAACCUGGUAAAAAUUCAAACUGAGCUGCGCAGAUUUUUGUGAGUUAUAUUCCGAAUGUCAACUGGAAAUGAUGCAAUAUAUGGAUUGAAUGUUAAA